CUGCCCCUCUGGCCCUUCCCAGCCCCUAAGGGGGGGUUGUGAAAUCCCCCCUGGGGCGAGGGGCUGGCUAUAAACCAGCCCUGGCCCAGCUCGGGGCGGGCAGCGAGGAUGCGGCUGCUGCCGGCGGCGCUGCUCCUGCUGCUGCUGCUGAGCAGCUCGGUGCCAGGGGGUGGUCUGUCGCUGGAGAGCCUGCUGACCAACAUGAGGUGCAAGUGCAUCAAAUCCACCGCCCACGUCUUCAACCUGGGGCUGAUCCUCACCAUCGACGUUACCCCGCCUGGCCUUCACUGCAGGAGGAAGGAGGUCAUCCUCACCCUGAAGAAGAACAAGCGGGUGUGCGUGACCCCCGAGGCGCCCUGGAUCCAGCUGCUCAUCCACAAGCUGACGCAGAGGAACGGCCCCCAGAAAGCGCUGCUGCGGCCUCGGCGGGAAGCACCUUGGAGAAACCCCACCCCGGCCCUCCCAGUGUCCAAGGAGUCCAUGGCUGUGAAUUCCUCGUGGGACAGCAGUGACACAGCCCCCCUGCCCUGA